UGUCAUCCACUUCCUCUGCGUCUCAGCCCGCCCGCAUCUCCACUCCAGCCUGGAUUAAUUGCACUUUUCCCCAUUGUUUUAUAUCAUUUUUGGAAUGCCAUCCUCCUGAACCGAGGCUGCUGUAAUGAGAGCCUCUGUCCUUGGAUCAGUUUGUGCUCUUCUCGUACUCCUGCGGGAGCCUGGAUGCCAGGGGGAUGAGGUUACAACCAGCACAGUGAACCCAUGCUGUUAUCUCCCGUGUAAACACUGGAGUGUCUGUGUGCGCUACGGCGAGGACAAGUACGAGUGUGACUGCACUCACACUGGAUACUACGGAGAAAACUGCUCGAUCCCUGAGCUAUGGACCCGGGUGCGUCAGUUCCUCAAGCCCAGUCCAGAUGUGGUGCACUACAUUCUCACCCAUUUCCACUGGCUCUGGGACAUCAUCAACAACACGUUCUUACGGAACGUCCUCAUGCGUCUGGUUAUAACAGCUAGGUCAAACCUGAUCCCCAGUCCUCCCACUUUCAAUUCAAAGUAUAACUACCUCAGCUGGGAAUCCUACUACAACCUCAGCUACUACACCAGGAUCCUGCCGCCGGUUCCUGAGGACUGUCCCACUCCUCUGGGAGUCAAAGGCAGAAAUGGGCUACCUGACCCUCAGGUGUUGUUUGAGAGGCUGCUGAAACGGAGGACGUUCAGACCUGACCCUCAGGGCUCCAACAUCAUGUUUGCUUUCUUCGCUCAGCACUUCACCCACCAGUUCUUCAAGACCUACAACCGCAUGGGCCUGGGCUUCACUAAGGCUCUCUCCCAUGGGGUCGAUGCCGGACACAUUUAUGGAGACAGCCUGGAACGUCAGCACCUCCUCCGGCUCUUCAAAGAUGGAAAAUUGAAAUAUCAGUUAAUCGAUGGAGAGGUGUACCCUCCCUCUGUAACUGACGCUCCCGUCAGGAUGAGCUACCCUCCGGGGAUCCCUGUGGAGAAACAGAUGGCCAUCGGUCAGGAGGUGUUCGGCCUCCUUCCUGGUUUGGGUUUGUACGCCACGCUGUGGCUCAGGGAGCAUAACAGAGUCUGUGACAUCCUGAAAGCAGAGCAUCCCACCUGGGACGAUGAGCAGCUUUUCCAGACCACCCGCCUCAUCAUCAUCGGUGAGACCAUACGAAUCGUGAUUGAGGAGUACGUGCAGCACCUGAGCGGCUACCUGCUGCAGCUGAAGUUCGAUCCCACCCUGCUGUUCAACUCCAACUUCCAGUAUGGGAACCGCAUCGCGCUGGAGUUCAGCCAGCUCUACCACUGGCACCCUCUGAUGCCCGACAGCUUCCACAUCAGCGGAGACGAGCUGUCGUACUCGCAGUUCCUCUUCAACACGUCCGUCCUCACACACUACGGCGUGGAGAAGCUGGUGGACGCCUUCUCUCGACAAGCUGCUGGCCAGAUUGGUGGGGGCCACAACAUAAACGCCGUUAUCACCAAGGUCGUCGUGGGAACAAUAGAGGAGUCCCGUCAGCUCCGGAUCCAGCCUUUUAACGAAUACAGGAAGCGCUUUAACCUCGAGCCGUACACGUCGUUCAGAGACUUCACCGAUAGCGAGGAGAUAGCCAGCACUCUUGAAGAGCUCUACGGUGACAUCGACACUCUCGAAUUUUACCCCGGGUUGUUGUUGGAGAAGACACGGCCGGGGGCGAUAUUCGGAGAAAGCAUGGUGGAAAUGGGGGCCCCCUUUUCCCUCAAAGGCCUCCUGGGUAACCCCAUAUGUUCUCCACAAUACUGGAAGCCCAGCACGUUCGGGGGCAAAGUGGGCUUUGACAUCGUAAACUCGGCCUCUCUGAAGAAGCUGGUGUGCCUGAACUCCAGGACGUGCCCCUACGUGGCGUUCAGAGUUCCAGCCGAGGAGGAACCAGGCAGGAACGACGGGAAAGAACGAAGCAGCGAGCUAGCCGUUGCCAUGACUACCCUGGAUGACAAGCUGCUGGGCGAGAAGCUGCAGUACUACUACAGCAGCAGCGAGGACGAAGGCAGCGACAACGAGGAUGACGACGGGGAGAGGAAGACCAUCCGAGACGCUGGUGCCACCGAGCCCGACAUAGACUACAGUGCAGAUGGAAGCGCCGUCAACACAGGACCAAAGGGAGUCAUCAAUGACUGGAGGAAGUACAAGCAGCUGGAGGUGGAACAGAAGCAGGAGCAGAAAAAGGAGAUGGAAAGACUGAUCAAGAAGCUGUCGAUGACGUGCCGCUCCGACCUGGACCUGAAAAAAGACCAGGAGGAGGAGAAGAAGCGUCAGGAGAAGAUUAAAAGCAAAAUGACCAUGCUGGAGUACAACAUGCUCCAGGAGCAAGACGACGACGAAGACUUCCUCCGGCAGUACCGCAUGCAGCGCAUCGAGGAGAUGCGGCGCCAGCUGUGCCGCGGCAAGCGCUUCGAGCGGGUCCACGAGCUCGGCAGCGGGGAGGAGUUCCUGGAGGCUCUGGACAAGGAGGACAAGAGCACGCUGAUCAUGAUCCACAUCUACGAGCCGGACAUCGCGGGCUGCGAGGCGCUGAGCGGCAGCCUGAUGUGCCUGGCCCAGGAAUACCCGCUGGUGAAGUUCUGCAGCGUGCGCAGCACGGCCAUCAGCACCAGCGAGCUGUUCAGAGAGAGCGCCCUUCCCGCUCUGCUGGUGUACAAGGGCGGGGACCUGAUCGGCAACUUCGUGCGGCUCACCGACCAGCUCGGCGAGGACUUCUUCGCCGUGGACCUGGAGGCGCUGCUGCAGGAGUGCGGGCUGCUGCCGGAGAAGCCCCCCACGGCGCCAAAGACGCUCCGCAACGGAGCCAUCAUUCAGAGCAACGCCAGCGACGAAGACUCGGACCUCGACAUAGACUAGCGCUCCGAUGUCCCGCGUGUAUGUUUGCAUGGAUUAUAUGUCAUAUUUAUUUAUGUGAGCCCCGUGUAGAGAUUGCGCCCCGACCUCACAGCACCAGAGCUAAAGCAGGAGGAGUAAAAGGCUCCGUUAUCAUUCCACGAAUAUCUGGAUGAGGCUAAACGUCACUUAUCAUCGUUGUUUUAAAGCACAGCGAGAAUGCUGCUGUAUGUACGGUUCAUUU